UCUAGAAUAACUAAAACACAAUAUAUUUAAAUGCCAGAUAGGUCCAUAGUAAACAUGGGCCCAAUAUGGGCUUCCUUGCUACUGAUAUGUUCCAGGCUAUCAUAUGCUCUGGAAGUGGAUCUCAUGCAGCCUACUAUCCCCUACCCAGUCGAGAGUUUCGAAGGGAGCUUCUAUGGUGGAGGUCGAUUCAGACUGAUACAUUCAAGUACACCUAGUAUAGCCCUAGUCAAAUAUGGUAACCUCACAAUCUUCAACAAUGUCCAGGAAUACAGGCGCGUCAUUGGCCUGAUUGUAUCCGUCAUCGAUGUGGAUAGGACUACUAAUGAAUUUGGGCAUAUAAGGCAUUUCGAAAUUGUGGAUGACCAGCUAAGAUUGAUUAACCGGGCGAGGAAGCUUGAUUUCGUGAGCGGACCCAUAUCACUGGUGAUUGACUUGAAGAGUACCCAGUUGAACCCCCUUGUAAUCAAGACGACCAAGGGAACAAAUACACAAUACCGCCUGACCAGACAUUGCAAUGCAAAAUUGAGAGACUCCAUAAGCCGUAUACGAGGGCGUAACGAUAUUUUUCUGAUAUCCCCUAUUCUGAAUAUAGACUGGUUGUACCAAACCCCUGGAGGUCCCCAAUCAUUAAUCAGCUCACACAGCGUUAAAGUAGAUGUGGAUGUCGUAUUGCAACAAUAUACAUUGUGGAUCAAACAUAAGGUUUACGUGGGUAACUACGUGUUGAGUCUCCCUCCAGUAGUGAACGGUGUGUUCAAGGCACAGAACAUACUGGACCCUUCAUACCGCAAUAUCCGUCCCAUUCCAACGGGUGGCGCCGGUAGUACAAGUCAACUUGAGAUUGAUAUAUCCAGGUUUGAUAAUAGUUCACCCGAGGUUAUUGUUGUAGCAAACCUUAGGAGGGGGUGUUGGCUGUACAGGCAAUACUGCAUUGUGCCGUUUCCGUACCCCGAACAAGUUGUCAAAGUUAUCAACUCAAAAGUCCAGACUGUUAUUUAUGAAUCUAGUAACGUGCUUGUAACGCACGUGGAGGUGUUUGAUCACGUUGGCCAUGGUUGGGAGUACGUGGUGGUGAACACGAUGAAGGUAUAUGACACUGAUAUCAAUGACGAGUUUCACACGGAGACCGUGCGAGAGGUUUUUAAGCGUAUGGACAGCCAAGGUCCCAAUGCAUAUUUUGACUUGAGCACGAUAUGUCGAUGUCCGUACGUGAAGAUGCUGUAUAACAUUAGCGUAUGGGAGCAGAGUUGUGUCAACGUAGAUGUACAUGACCUCGUGGAAAAUGACUGCAAUGCCAUAGACUGUUCGUGAGUUCAAGGUAUAAUCUGUUUGUGUAAAUACGGUAGCAUCAGUGAACCAUUUUGA